GCACUGACAGGCAGCACUAAUAGGUGGCACUGACUAGCAGCACUGAUAGGUGGCACUGAAAGGCAGCACAGAUGGGUACUCAUAUGUGGCAUUGAUGUGCACUGGUAGGCAAUGAUAUGUGGCAUUGAUGUGGCACUGAUAGGUAGCAUUGAUGAGCACCGACAGCUGGCAUUGAUGGACACUGAUAGGUGGCACUGCUGGGGCUACCCUGAACAUCAGGGCACACUGAUCAUCACGGUCAGCGUGACAGCUUGUGAGGAGAGAAAUGCCAAUAACCGGCAU